CUAAACCAUCAAUUAACUCGUAUUAGUUAUUAUAGAACAUGUUGACUUCAAUGACUUAAAAUGUAUCACACCAUUAAAGUCUUCACGAGCGAGUUUCUAAACAGAAUAUCUCAAGCGCCAACUAGUCCUAAAGAUGCAGAGGACACAAUCGUGCUACCAAAGUAUUGGAAUUGGUUAAGUAACUUAGAAAGGCUCUGGGACCGACGAGAAGUCUGCCCGCAAUGUGGGUGGGAUGCUAAUCCCGAACACCUACUCAAAGUCCCAACACCCGGGGAUGAACCAAGUAUCAUAUAUAGUCGACCCGAGAAUUCGCUGUGUAUCUGUUGCAAGAUAAUUGACCGUUUGCUUGAACGGCAGCAAAACCUAGAUCGGGAUCGAUGGACUAUAUCUCUGUGGACCAAUCAGGACAAACCCUGUGUUCUUCUAGAAGAUACCUUAUUGGAAGAAGACGAAGUCGAGUGGAACUUUUUCCUUCUGCAUUUAGAACAGAGGAGCCUAUUAGGAAUACCCAACGGCUCCCUUGUCUCCGGCAACACCGCAUCAGAAGCCGCCUUUGAAUGGGCAAAGCACCAGUUAUCAACCUGUUCUCAAUGUCACCAACGUUGCCACAUGCGAGACAGCUCGUUUCUUCCUACGCGACUCAUAUCUAUCACCGGUAGUAACGACGGGGUAAGGCUGAUAGACAACUCUGAAGUACCUCAUGGUUCACAUUAUGUAGCUCUCAGUCACUGUUGGGGCUUAAAGCUACCCGAGUGUCUGACUACUAAGGGAAACGUCUUGGAUCAGAAGGAAAAUGUUCCUUGGAACACGAUUCCAAAGAGCUUUCAAGAAGCCAUCUUGUUUACGCGCAAACUUGGUAUCGGCUAUAUAUGGAUUGACUCACUAUGUAUCAUCCAGAGAGACCCCGAAGAUUGGUUACGGGAGGCUGGCCGAAUGUUCCAUGUUUAUCGGAAUGCGUUCUUGACAAUUGCCGCAUCUCAUGCCGAGGACAGUUCUAAGGGGCUAUUCUCUAGCUUGGGCCCUGAAAAACAGCUACAAUUGGGUAAAAUCCGGCACGGUACUGAAGAGUACCAGUUAUAUGCGCAGCAGUCUUUCCCAGAGAUCACCAAUCCGUACUUGAAUCAUCGCACAGAGCCCCUUUUCAAGCGAGCUUGGACAUUCCAAGAAAGAUUGAUCUCUCCUCGAAUUCUAUAUUUCACAAAAUACGAGUUGAUAUGGGAAUGUUAUUCAACAUCCGUCUGUGAGUGCGGGUUCCACGGUGAUAGGCCGUAUAACCCAUCAAGUUUGAAGAUGCUGCAUGUCAACAACUUGGUAAACACUUCGCCUCUUUCACAACAAUCCCCCACCAGAUAUAGCGAAUAUAUUAGAAAUGCUAUAAGGUUUACUACGAAAAACAAGCUCUCAAAGGGUGAUACUGGAAAGACGUGGCGUAGAAUUGUUCAAUUUUACUCGGACUUGCAACUUACCAACCAAACCGAUAGACUUCUGGCGAUCGGGGCCAUCGCAGAGCAGACUCAGUCCGUCCAUCAGAACAAGAUAUAUCUUGCUGGGCUUUGGCAUGAAUCGCUUGGGCUGGAUUUGCUGUGGGCUCGUAAGCAUAAACCAAAAUCCCAACAACGUUCAGAACACUACAUAGCCCCUACCUGGUCGUGGGCCUCCAUCCCUGGCCCAGUUGCUUACGACUCUACAGCACCGCUUAAGCCACAUGUGGAGGUAUUGGACGCAAGCUGCGAGUACACGGACGGAAACCAAUUUGGGCAAGCUACUGGAGGGCAGCUAACAUUACGCGGAGAAUCUAUCAUGUGUACGCUUUGCAAGUCCUCUCAAGAAUCCUCGGAGGAUUACCGCAUUUUGCACCCCGAGUUAGCCGUUGAUGUUGAAGUUAAUGUGGAUUGCGAGCCCUUUCCACAGACAAAGGAGAAAAUGCCCGUGCUUAUGUUGCGCAUAGCCGAUACGUGCGAGUUUCCAACACCCAUCAGCAUUAUCCUCAAGGAGGACAAGGGGGUGGAUGAUAAGGUAUUGUAUACUCGCUUAGGACUUGCAUCGCCCCCAGGGACCACCAUCGAGGGGCAAGAGGAGCGUCGGAAACUUACGGAUUGGUUCGAUAGUUGCAGUAAAAUUCGAACUUGCAUUAUUAUUUAACUCAACGCCACCAUCGAGGCCACGUGUAUGAUUACAGAGGCAAAAAGAUUCUAGAAAAUAUAUUGGGUCGUUCCCACAUAGCCCGUUAGGCAUCGUCGUGUCCUUGUGGAUACUAUCGCCGAUGUCCCAGGACGACUUGGAAUUAAUUAGGGAUUAGAUAACACAUUCCUCUAGGUUAAGCUUCGUGUAGAAUCUCUGUUGAUAUUAAUAGGAAGUAUAUUGUAAGCUUAGAUUUACUUAGGGAUGACAGCUGCUUUGACG